ACACAAGGUCGCUCGGCAAGCCCACCUUUGUUUAGCGUUGCUUUAAUGUCGUCUUGACAAUUAACUAGUUGCGAUUAACUCAAUCUAGUCUAAUGUCGCUCUCUUACGAUUUCCAGAUCCUACGAUCAAGUCUCGGAGAAAGUGGCUACGUAUACAAGUGUAAACCGCUCCAGAACAUAAUUAUUAGUCAAAAUAGAGGACAAGAAAGCUUUUCCAAUGCCCAACCACUAUGCCAACACUACGACGUCGUUGUAAGCGAUAGAUGUUUGACAGCACCCACUCACGAAGAUCGGCAGCAGUAUCAAGCUCUUGUCAACAAUAUCGGUGACUCGGCAGUUCACGGCCCUUAUAGCUUCAAGACCGAUCGAGUAACCAUCGAUCCAUGUGCAUUGCCCACGGAGUUCGUCGCUGACGAGGAACGACGCGAUAGCCUCGUGGACGAGCUUAUUACAACUGAGGAGAACUAUGUCUCAAAUAUGACUGCCUUUUGUGAUAUUAUAGUCAAACCCCUGCGUCUCCGUGCAAAGAAUAGUAAGAACCUGAUCAUAGGACUUUAUCAAUGCAACACUAUUUUCAACAACGUGGAGCAGAUUCUGGAAGUCAACAAAAGUUUUCUGAGCGAGUUGCUGAUCUGGAGAUCCACACGAGAAGCAGUGUUUGGAGAUAUUUGUGCAAAGUACUUGUAUCACAUGGAAUGCUAUACCAAAUUCUUGCAAGGUGUUGACGCCGCCCAAGAAAUUAACGCUCAGGAACACAAAACCAACUACAACUACAGACUCUUCCUUCAAUCUGCCACCCAAAACACCCGUCUUGGCGGUCAUACUCUCUAUAGCAUGCUUGCUCAGCCCGGCCAACGCAUAACCAGAUACACCAUGUUGUUGACCAAGAUACUCAAACACACCGACCCAUCCGAUAAAAACCAUGCAUCAUUGAUUGCUGCUUUGAAAAAGGCUGACGAGAUCGCAACUCUGGCAGAUGACUCUCCAACGAAACUUGCCAAAGUUUUUUUCAAUAUGCAUCGCUCCAUAUUGAAUUGCCCCCCUACAUUGAUCAGCCAAAGUCGAACAUUGGUAUCUCAUCUGGAUGCAGUUGAACUGGACCCCGCAACGUUACGACCCCAGCGACCUGUUACGAUCUUCCUGCUUACCGACAAGCUGAUGAUCGUUCGACGUCCUGCAUACGCAGUCCGAGGCUUGGAUCUAUGUGGGCUCGGAAACGAAUCUCCUGCAUUCGAAUCGGUGUUGUUAAAGAAAUUGGAAAAGAAUACGCUCAAAUCGGAAAAACAGCUCAAAUUUAAAGACUGGAUCAAUCUUGGAGAUGUCGAAAUACUCCAAGGCAAUCAAGGUAAUUGUCUAUAGAUACCAACAUCAUCUGGUUUUUUUCUUCUAAGUUGAGCAUCACAGAUAUCUUGUCUUCGUUCGCAAUCCGAGUACGCCGAAAAGAGUU